AUGACGGCCGCAACCAAACGAAGCGCCGCCUCGGCAUCGUCGUCCAGCAAACGCGCCAAGACGGUGGCAGCAUCGGAACCUCGCUCGCCAUCUCCAAUGGCCACUCCUAUGACCGUCUCCCGACUAUCGGACUCGCAUCCAGAAUGGCCUGCUCCUCCAACCAAGCUGCGCGAAGCCACCGAGUUCCUCGAGGCGUGUGCAGCCUCUCCCGCCUCGGACCGCAUCCUCCUCCUGCCCGACAAGGACGCAGACGGUCUGUGCUCGGGAGCGAUCAUGUAUCGCACGCUCGUACACGCUCUCGGCAUCUCACCCGCCCGCAUCGACGUGCACCUCAUGACCAAAGGAGCUCACCCGGGUGCAUCCGCCCAGCGCCAAGCCAUCGCCCACUACGGCGCAAAGUGGAUCAUCGUGCUCGACCAGGGCUCCCGCACCGGUCCCGCCAUCGUACCCGGUGCCGAGCACGGCUGGCGUUCAAAGCGCCCGGAUGUAGUAGCCACCAUGGUGGUCGACCACCACUUCCUAGCCCUUGGUCAGGGCGGACCCGAGGGUUGCCUUAUGCUCAACGCCUGCCACCACGAGCCUGUCGCCACCGCAUCCUUACUCACCUGGGUCCUAUGCCGGCCAUUAUGGUCUGCUGACGCUGACGCGGAAGCGCAGAUCGACUACCUCGCCGUGCUGGGCACCAUGGGCGACCUCAGCGUCAAUGUCUCCUGGCAACCGCCCUUCCCGGACCUCACACCAGAAGUCAAAAAGUGGACCAAGAAACGGCUGGGUUCAGCCAUCGCCUUGCUCAACGCUCCACGCCGCACUCCUGAAUUCGACGUUUCCACCGCCUGGUCUGCGCUGCUCGCAUCUACAUCUCCGCUCACCAUCCUCGAUCCUGCGACGAACGAGCACGCAGCUCGACUGUACGCGGCGCGCGAGGCGGUGCUCCUCGAGACCGAACGGUGCACCCACACUCCGCCCAAAUUCACAAAGGACGGCCGCAUCGCGCUGCUGCGCAUCACAUCCAGCUUUCAGGUCCAUCCGUCCAUCGCCACUCGCUGGACCGGCGCACUCAAGAGUAACAAGCUGCAGGCCGUCAUGUGCGCCAACGACGGCUAUACCGACGCCAAUGUGCAUUUCAGCUGUCGCAUCGCCAACGCUGCCAAAACCCGAGGCGAGCACGUCGACAUCAUCCAGCUGCUGCACGAGUAUGCCCGCCGAGACGAGUCGUGGCUGAACGAGCUCAUGCAAGAACUCGGAGGCAAUGCAUUCAAUGGUCAUCCUCAGGCAAGUGGCGGCAUUCUUCCCACCCACCACUUUGAACGCUUCACCGAGCUCAUGCAGAUCGGUGUGCCACCCGACACCAAGCGCUCACCAGCCAAGAAACCGGCACAGAAGAAUACGCUGCUCGCAAUGGGCUUCUCCACCUCACCCAAAAAGUCCACACCGUGA